UGAGUCCGGUCCCCCCAGCAGAGCCGAGUGAAGACACUCCACCCACCUCCAUGGAGGGGUCCCCGCGCCUCUGACUCGGACCCAGGAAUGGAGCGCUCCUCCGGGACACAGGUGCACUGCUGAACACCGCGGCAGCUCUCCCGUUAGCGAACACUUCAAAGUAGUACUUGCGCCUUUUUUAAAACCCGUAGCGCUGCCAUUAAAAGUCGGUAAAGACAUUACUACACCAUGGGCCCCCCCCCGCGGGCCCGCUGCCCCUGGUUGCUGUGGAGACGGACCCUGCUCACGCUGUGGCUGUGCGCGCUCGGGACGCGUGCAGCGGAGGAGGGAUCCUUCAACGCGGAGUCAUGGCUGAGGAUGUAUGGUUACCUGCCCCAGGCCAGCAGACAGAUGUCGACCAUGCGAUCAGCUCAGAUCUUGUCCAACUCCAUCAGCGAUAUGCAGCGGUUCUAUGGCCUGGAGGUCACCGGACAGAUGGACCCUUUAACCAUCAGUGCCAUGAAGAGACCCCGCUGUGGUGUGCCUGACAAGUUUGGAGGCCAGAUCAAAACCAAUGUGAGGCGGAAGCGCUACGCCCUCACCGGACAUAAAUGGAACAAGAGCCACCUCACAUACAGCAUCCAGAACUACACUCCCAAGGUCGGAGAGUAUAAUUCAUACGAAGCCAUACGGCGGGCCUUUAAAGUCUGGCAGAGGGUCACUCCAUUGACCUUCGACGAAAUCCCUUACCAGGAGAUCAAAUAUGGACGACGCAAGGAGCCCGACAUCAUGAUCUUCUUUGCGUCAGGUUUUCAUGGAGACAGCUCUCCUUUUGAUGGAGAGGGAGGAUUCCUCGCCCACGCCUACUUCCCUGGACCUGGAAUGGGCGGGGACACGCACUUUGAUUCUGAUGAGCCGUGGACCAUAGGAAACCAGAACAUACAAGGUAAUGACCUCUUCCUGGUCGCAGUCCACGAGCUGGGUCACGCCCUGGGUUUGGAGCACUCCAACAACCCCCUGGCUAUCAUGGCUCCCUUCUACCAAUGGAUGGAGACUGAGAACUUCCAGCUGCCUGAGGACGACAGGAGGGGCAUACAGCAGAUCUACGGUCACUCCGACAGUGGGCCCACCCCGGCCCUGCCCACAGUGACGCCACGCCGCCCGGAACCUCGGCCCCCUCAAACACCACCUCGACAUCCUGACCGUCCCAGAACCACUGAAAGACCAGAUCACUAUGGACCCAAUAUCUGUGAGGGGAACUUUGACACAGUCGCCAUGCUCCGAGGAGAGAUGUUUGUUUUCAAGGGCCUCUGGUUCUGGCGGGUGCGUCGGAACAGGGUACUGGAUAACUACCCCAUGCCCAUCAGUCACUUCUGGCGGGGUCUGCCUGGAGAUAUCGAUGCGGCCUACGAAAGACAUGACGGCAGGUUCGUCUUCUUUAAAGGAAACAGAUUCUGGCUUUUCAGGGAGGCUAACCUGGAACACGGCUAUCCAAUGGAGCUGACUGAUUAUGGUCGGGAUAUUCCCUACGACCGAAUAGACUCAGCCAUCUGGUGGGAGCCGUCCGGCUUCACUUACUUCUUUCAAGGAGACUGGUACUGGCGUUUCAACGAGCAGUCGCGCUCAGCUGACAGAGGCUACCCGAAACCAAUCAGCGUCUGGGGAUCGUCAGUGCCCUCUGCUCCCAAGGGGGCUUUCCUCAGCGAUGACGGAGCCUACACUUUCUUCUACAAGGGUUCCAAGUACUGGAAGUUUGACAACCACCGCAUGAAGAGCGAACCAGGCUACCCCAAGUCCAUACUAAGAGACUUCAUGGGCUGCAGUGUAGACCUGGACCAGGACAGAGACACGGACACAGACUCAGGGCGUAAAGUCCCAGAUGUGAACCGUCCGCCGUUCAACCCGGACGCAGGACGUGAAGGUGACAAGGGCAAAGAUCGGGACGGAACGGAUCAAGGUGGAACAGACAAAGACACGGGCAAAGGAUCAGACAGUGACAAAGACGAGGACUACCGUGAGGGUCGGGAGGAGGGCACCAACGAGGUGGACGUGGUGCUGAAGGUGGACGACAGCGAGGAGCGGACCAUGAACAUCCUGAUGGUAACCAUCCCACUGGUCCUGGUGCUGUGCAUCCUGGGACUGAUCUACGCCAUCAUCAACACGCUGCAGAGCAAAGGGGCGCCGCGGCUUCUGGUGCACUGUAAGCGCUCACUGCAGGACUGGGUGUGACCCUGGACAUUAGGGGGACACUGAACUUUGAACUUGAAUCGGACCUUAGACACCCGCCUCGUCUAAUCCCAGCCCCUCCAUCUCUGUGCUCAGUGGCUCCUGAAACUCUUAAUACUUGUGGUAGUAGAUCCAUACACUCACACAAACUAGAAUCAAGCAUAAAUUAUGUCUUACAUAUACACACACACACACACACACACAUCAUCCUAACCUCCUCUUGUCUCCCAUGGUGCUCUACAAUGCGUUGACUGUAGUCUAUUUAUAUGAGAGAAGUUUGCACAUUGGUUUUUUUUUUUGUUAUUUUUGUCUGGAUUCAUUUUGUGUGACUUUUUGUUAUUAUUAUUUUUAUUUCUAAACCAGGAAGGCCGCUCUGUUCUCUCUUCCUCCCCCUUUCCCUAAUCUCAGUGGGGGCUUUUUCCUCUCUGAUAACUUGACAUCUGUGUAUGCUAUCAGUCUUGCCACAAAAGAAAGACACAUGUAAAAGGCUUGAACAGACGGGUCACUUAACGUCCACAUGAGGUUUAGCUGUGUUCCUUCCUCCUUUCAUCAUCAUCUUCUCCACCCUGCUCCAUCUCCUCGCUUGUUUCUGCAGUAGAGCACAGUCGUCCAGAUGUGAGAGCUGAGAUAGAACGCAGCAGGGUUUGGUCACUGAAGACAUUUCACUAUAGUUUUGAUGUGGUUGUUAGUCUGAAGGUUGAAUCUGGAGUUCUGCUUGUUGUUCAUACAGACACUGCUUCGGUUUUAAGGGAUAAUUCCGGUCAACUCACAUAAUAACUCACUUAAUUUUGCAGUUUUAUCCGUUGAUUGUCAAAGUUGCUAGAGUUCUUGUUGCAAUGGGAUCACUCCAGUCUGCUGACAUACUCACAGGUCGAACCAGACCCACCUCUCUUCAUUUUGAUCUCAGGUACAAACUUGUCGAGUUCAUGACAGCAUCUUGCACUGUUGUGUUGUACUGAGCCGUAAAAUGUUGACGACUCAUUUUUCAUGAUGUUUAAAUGCAUAAACUCUUGAGCGAAUCAAACAAACACCAAGUGAUCUUCAUCUACUGAUCAAGUCCUAAUAACUUGUGAUGAGUGUUAGUGCUUAUUAGUUAAAUUGAAUCGACCACUGGCUCUUGAGAGCUGGGGGUGGGAGGCAGUGAAAGAAGCGGAUGCAGGUGCAGCGUUAGUGACACUUUCCUCAGCAAUUCACAUUCUCUCCGCCCUUGCCAAAGUGCAGACAUAGGCGAUUGCCUAGUUUGCCUAUAUGGACGCUACGGCUUUGCUCACAUCGGCUCCUCCAGGCAGACAAAGACAGCCGGAAUUCCGGAGGGUCCCCCUCAGACAUUUGCGUUCACACACACAGCCCCUCCAGAGAAAUACCUAAGUGUCUCAUGAGUUAAGUACGUUUGAAAGAAGUGUCUCCAGGUCCAUAUUUUUGCCAUGAUCACACCUAGUUAAAUGCUGAGAUCUAUGACUUGGGCACACAGCAUUAUUGCCAAAGGGAAUUCAAACACUUGGCUUAAAUUAGGAAAGAUAUCAAAACUAUCACACAAACAUAAAUUAGUUCACUAACUACUCACUAAAUAAUCACUAUCCACAGUCAUAUUUAUAAGUCCAAUAUGAUAAAAAAGACACGAUGGCUAAAUCUACAAAAAUAAAUCCCCAACACACCUUAAUUAUCUUUUGAAGUCAGACUACUUGUCUCUUGUUUUCCUUCUUUAUCUUGUGCCCACACAGUUGGACAAUAGGUCUACCUCUUUUCCUCUCCUUACUUGGAAACCUUUUAAAGACCUCUUUGGCUGAAAAGGUAAACAGACGUUUGAGGGUAACCUCUUCCUUUAGCUUUCAUUUAUGGGGCUAAUUCUCAUAGUGCCUCUUCUCUGUCAACAAUGAGACUCCAGAGGAGACAGACUAAUGGUUAAUUUAAAGUCAGCUCACUAUGAAAUAACACAGGAGAGGCCGCAUUUAUUGCAUCUCUGUGCGUGUGACAAAACAAGAGACAAAGCAAAGCCACAGCUUUUCAUUUCAGAGCAGGAUGUUUCACCACAAAACAACCCAGCAGUCACAGGGUGCAGCUAAUGUACCGAGGACUUAAUAAUCGCCUUUUUACUGCUCGUGCUUUUUAAAAAGGAAGAACCCUCCAUGACAACCUGUGGUCUUUUGGUUUUAAAGACGGUGAAGCUGGGAGCACUAGGGUGGGCUCGGGCCAUGCAGGAUCAUGUGAUCACAGACUAAUCCUCUUCAUUAAAAAGCAGCAGGUGUGUGCAAAUGCUGUUCACCCCCGCGACCCCUAAACUAAACCUUGAACUUCCAGAAUGAAAACACUACCCACUCCCGUUUCAUCUCCCACGAACAGAGAUAGGAUGAAGGGGAGUGUGUGGGCAGGAAAUAUUUUAUUAUGUUUUUUAGCAUUUAGCUACUUAA